AUGCGUGCACAGCACCUUCAUCUUGUCCCCACACGCCGAAUUUUGCUUGCAGGCCCGACAGACAUCACCGUGGGGGUGACGGCUAUCGAGACUCGCGCGGCCACAGGCCUGAGGCUGUGCGCCGCGACUACGGGGAUGGAUACCGGACUGAGCCUAGCCGUCCUACGGCCUACGAUCGAGGCACCGCGGACAGCCAGAGAAGGCAUGAGACCGCUGAUGGGCGCAGGCCUUCUGAGCAUUGGCCGCAUGGCAUUCCUGCCUAUGGUGGCAGCACAGAACCUGUCCGCAGCGAUUCGGGGUACCGUCACAGCUAUGGUGGCUAUGGCCAUGGCAGUCACGGUGGCUACGACGGUUAUCAAACCGAGGAUCGCGGCCGAGGCCUCCGUGAUAGGGACGCAGGUGUCCAAAGUGCGCACUACGACGUCUACGAGCGCAGAGAUGGCAGAGGCUAUGGCCCUGGCCGCGACAUUGGAGAUCUUCCGCUUCCAAGAUGCGCAGUUUGUUCCGCUAUGCACCGAGCAGAUCCGCGAACAGGUGUGCUGCAUGCUGAGCUCAUGGCAAGCCGCAAGCUGCGGCGAGCUGCUCAUUCUCAUCACGGUCUCUUUGAAGCUUGCCAUCGCCGGCUACGAUGCUCAAAUCAACAAGCUGCGAUGGAUUGCCACGGCCGAUAUGGGCAGCGCUGCCAUCGCAGGGACAGCGCAGGAACCAUCCUGCUGUUUCUCUUCGAACGGAAAGCGGCUGGUUGUUUACCUGUACGGGAAUGUCGUGGCGGUUGCUGAUCUCGGUGAUUUGAUGGAUCCACAGCAGCCGGUCCCGAUGGAUUUGAAAGCUGCUGGGCGAAUGUUUUUCACGCAAGUGGAUGAGCAGAUUAUUGGCAUGGAGUUCCUUGAGCGCCUGGCUGCAGACGACGACAGCAUCGAGACACUUGCAGCUCUUCAUGCCAAUGGCGGCAAAGAGGAGGCUGGGCCAAAGACGCUUUGUCUCCACUCGCUGGAUGCACAGAAGAAGAGCUUGGCCGUGGUCCAAGCCGGCCAGCCGAGGCCGGAAGGACGUGGCUUCGCUGCGGGAAGUUGGCGCCUGGAUGCCUCACGGACUCCCGCCGAGGCUUCAGCCAGGCGCGUGACUGAAGCCACACUCAUCGCAACCAUCCCAUCUGCUGCUGGAGAGUGGGCUUCGCCCCGAGGUGCGAUACUCGUGGUCGGUCCGACCUUCGUGGCCCUCUACGAUGCGGAGCUUCGGCCAUUGGGCGAGCUGCGAGCUGCCGGACCCCAGGUACCCACGCGGCUUGCAUGCGCGAACACCGCUCGAACUCGCUGGCUCAUCAGCGGGGCAUACGGAGAUCUCUAUUUGUUGCGGCUGGAGGCGACCAGCGAGAAAGAUGGGAUUAGCCCGCUGGUCGUGCAGUAUUUGGGAAGGUCAGUUCCUGCCUCUGGCAUUGCAGUAUUUCAUGCUGGAAAAUACGUGUUCGUCGGGUCCAAGGCAACUGACUCCGAAGUGCUGCGGCUGGGUCAGCCGAGGAAAGACGCUCCCGCCUCCGCUGUCACCGCGGCAGGGCGCGCGCGGAAGAAUUUGGAGGAUGCUUUUGAGGUCGUUGACACGUGGACCAACCUCGGACCCAUCACCGACUUCUGCACCAAGGACGUGGAGGGCCUGGCCUCAAGCGAGCUCAUGACCUGCAGCGGUGUGGGCGACGUUGGAUCCGUCCGCUUCGUACGGCUGGGAAUUCCCGUCGAAGAGCUGGGUAGAUCUGCAGGAUUCAAAGCUGUCCUCGGGCUUUGGCCGCUGGGCCCGCAUCACUUGGCAAUAUCCCGGCCUGGGCGGAGCGAUGUGCUGGCUGUGAAAGGCGAGCAGGUCGAGGCAAUUUCGUUGGACCAGGAGUCGGGUUUUCAGCAUCAUGAGGAGUCGCUCUUCUGCUGCGGCGGUUUGGCCGUGGCGGAUGGCAAAGAAUUCGCAUUGCAGGUCACGGCAUCUGGGGCAUGGGCAUCCAGCCUGACUUUGGAGAGAAUUCGAGCAGUUGCACAGUGGUCUGUCGAGGGGUUCCAGGUCACUGUGGCUGCAGAACUGCGAGUGUGCAGCGCUGAAGCGAUUGCAGGAGUACUUGUCGCAUCGGCAGCUGGAGAUGUUCGGGCGAUCGAACUUCGCGAAGCAGAAGGAAACUACGAGAUGGCAGUGAGUGCCUCGUGGCAGCUACCAGGCGAACCCAGCUGUCUGAGCAGCAGACACGAGCUGCUGCUUGCGGGGCUAUGGACUGACGAGCUUUGCAUUUUCAAAAGUUCCACAGAGGUGCAGCGCCUCCCUUUGCCAACGCUGCCCUGGUCCACGACCUCCGCUUUUAUCGAAUCGGAGCUCCAGCUGUUUGCUGGCCUCCGGGACGGGCGCCUUCUCUGCGCCACGGACGACAGCGGAACAUGGAAGGUCGCCCGCAUCGUUACUGUAGGAAUACGCCCCUGCAAGCUCUUGGUGCUGCCAAGCUUCUCAUCGCGCGAGUCCUCCUCAUUUGUCGGACCACAGCUCCAGGGGCAAUAUGGGCAGGCGGUUGCCCCAACACGUCAGGAGGCGAAGGAGAUGCUGCUUGCCAUCAGCGGGCAUGGUGUGAUUCUGCAGGCACGGCAACCUUUCCGCGUCGUCCACUCGCAGAUCUGCUUGCCAAACAUCUCCCAUGCAGCCUUCUUCGAGCGCGGUUUCGGUGGUGUUUCGAACGCCAUGGCCUUCAUCAGCCAAGAGAAAUUGGUGUUUGCGCUGCUCCAAAGUGGCCAGCGCAUGCAGGUGGAAACACUCCACCUGCGUCAGGCACCGCACAGGAUGGCCUACCAUCAGUCCACCGGGAUUUGUGCCGUGGGCUGCUACAGCAUCGGAUGGCCAAUGCCCGCGUUGAGUCUCUCCGCACCUGCAAAUUCCCGCGCCUCCGUCGUAUUCGUCAAUUCCGAGACUGCCAGUGUGCUGGACACCAUGGACCUUGCUCAUGAGGAGCAAGUGGCAUCAAUGGCCUCCGUGGUCUUUCAGGGCGAUCCAACUGAGUACAUAGCUGUUGGCACUGCCUUCGUUCAUGAACGCGAGCCUGAACCGUCAAGAGGGCAGGUUCGGCUCCUGGCCCCAUGCGCAGCGGCCAGCUCAAGCUCAGCCAGCACCUCCCAGGUCUUGCCUCCCUUCAGGGAGGUGGCAUCCUUGGAGGUGGCAGGCGCAGUCUACGCUUUGCUCCCACUUGCGGGGAAGCUCCUCGGGGCAGUCAACAACCGCCUCCAGCUUUGGAAGCUAUCUCCCGAGACUGGCGAGGAUCGCCUUCACCUGGCGGAGGUUCAGCGGCACCACGCUGGCCUCAUCAUUCUGGACCUGCAAGUGAGAGGAAAUGACGUCCUCGUCGGCGAUAUCAUGCGUUCAGUCAGCCUGCUGCGCUUGAACGAGUCACAGGAGCCUUCUUUUGAAGUCCUGGCUUACGACCAGCUGUCUGCUUGGUCGACUGCCGUGGACAUGCUUUCAGAGAAUCACUUCUUGUGCGCGGACGAUUGUGGCAACCUCAUGUCGCUGGUCCCAGGCGAAGUGACGAAAGCUCAACCAGAUCAGGCGACUUCGGAGGUGAAGAUCUUGGAGCGGAUGGGUCGGCUGCACACUGGAGAGUUUGUGAACCGCUUCCGGAAAGGAAGCCUGGGAUUGAAACUGAGCGCGCAGCAAAAGACACCGAGCACCAUUUGGGCCAGCGUAUCUGGUGCUUUUGGACUCGUCAUCCCUCUUCCUUGCGACAAGAGUUUUACACGCCUCUUGAUGCUACAGGACUCCAUGGCAAAGCGCUGGCAAUCUCCUUUUUCUCAUGGCGACUGGCGUGAUGUUCGAUUGGACCUGCAGGGUGAGACAGCGGCCCACGAGGGAUUUGUUGACGGAGACCUGGUCGAGCGCUUCUUGGAGAUACCACAGGAUGAGCAGGAGGUGGUGGCGGCCGAGCUGGCAGAGAAGGGACUGUUGAGUCACGAGAAUCCGCUGGAGGAGCUGCUGCGCGAAGUGGAGACCCUGUGGCCCAAGCAAAAGCAAGGGGCAGCGCCAGCGGAGCCGCAGUGGCGCACGCGAAAGGAGAGAGACGAGCCGGCAGGAGCGUACACACCGACCGCCCACGCUGCACUUCACGUGUAUGGGCAGGUGGCCAAGGCGGACAGUGCACGAGGAACUGUGAAGUCGAAGGCGGCCUUUGCGGCUUGCAUUCGGCAGAGGCUCCUGGUUGCCAGUGACCAAUAUGCGCGUCACAGCGGCUGCCGCUUCCGAAGAGCUGCUUUCGAGGAUCCGGAGGAAGGCUCUGACCCAGAGCUGAAGGCGGCGAAGGCGCAGGCUGCCCCGGUUGUGAAGGAGUUUCUGACCAAACUGGAAGGGUCGCCAGACCAGGUGCUGAUGAAAGAUUUCAACGAAGCCUUCAAUAUUUUGUGGACCGAAAGCAUGCGCAGCUCCAUGGUGGCCAGGUGCCACCAGCUCGAUCUCUGGCCACCAACCCCGGCGCCAGUUGGCAUCACGGAUGGCGAUGUUGACUAUGAAGCGGACACUACGUGCCUUUUCGCGCUUGCUCAGCGAUUGUACAACCACGACUCUCGGCAAAAUGCCUCCACCAAAAGGCGAUUGUCCACUGCUUCCUUCCUUGCCGACUUCGCCUACGAAGCCGGCAUUCCAACGCCGGACUUCUUCAAGAGCAGGAGUCCCGUGCUGGACAAGUUCGAAAAGAUGGCGGAUGAGUACGAGGAGCAGAUGUUCUCGCCGGCGACACGUCGCACUCACAAGUGGUGGCUACCGUGGAAUUUGAUCUGGGAUGCCGGUUCUUGGCUGCUGGGCAUGUUUUCACGAGCUCUUCGACCUGUUGUGGAUGCUGCAUGCACAUCACGGACUAAGAAGCUCGAAUGA